AUGGGUCAACAAUCAUUAAUCUAUUGCUUCAUCUCUCGAGGCAAGAUCAUCCUUGCCGAAUAUUCCGAAUUCAAAGGAAAUUUCACAUCCGUCGCAUUCCAAUGCCUCGAGAAGCUUCCCAGCGGCAACAAUAGAUUUAACUACAAUUGUGAUGGCCACACAUUCAAUUACCUCGUCGAAAAUGGAUUCACUUAUUGUGUGGUCGCGGUUGAUGCUGCUGGACGUCAAACUCCCAUCGCAUUCCUUGAAAGAAUUAAAGAUGAAUUUAGUAAGAAAUAUGGUGGAGGAAGAGGUUUAGGUGCUAAAGAAAAAAGUUUGUCAAAAGAAUUUGGACCUAAAAUAAAGGCUCAAAUGCAAUAUUGUAUUGAUCAUCCGGAAGAGAUGAAUAAGCUUGCCAAAGUGAAAGCUCAAGUGACGGAGGUUAAGGGUGUUAUGAUGCAAAAUAUUGAGAAGGUUCUUGAUCGUGGAGAGAAAAUCGAAUGUUUGGUAGAUAAAACGGAUGAUCUUCGAUGUCAGGCACAAGAUUUUAAGGCGCAAGGAACGAAGCUCAAGAAGAAAAUGUGGAUUGAGAAUAUGAAGAUGAAAUUGGCUGUUUUUGGAAUUGUGGUACUACUCAUUUUCAUUAUUUUCUUAUCGGCUUGUGGAGGUUUGAAAUGUCUCUAAUCUAAUACCAUCGUCAUUCCAUCUCGAUUAUAGUUUAUUUGGCGAAACAUUUGUAUUUUAGGCUUUGCUUUCCUCUAUUGUAGGAUAUGUUUUCUUUCAUUUUUAUAGUUUGAGUUUUGCAUUGUAACUUAUUUCAAUAUGAACAUCUUCUUAGUAAUAAAAUAGUUGGACAUGUAGAUUAUAUAUAUAAUUGUAUCAUAUUAUUGUUGAAGAACAUCAAGUAUAGGAGAUUGAGUAAUUA